GGAGUCGAGUCUCCAACUCUUAUCUCCAAGGCAACAUAUGAUAUCAAUGGCGUCGUGAUAGCACUCACUGUCCAAGCAAGCAAGCAAGCAAGCAAGACAUGUGCUCGAUCAAAACUUCCGAGACGCUCAAAAGUGUGCCUUUGACGACAUGGACGUGGGAAGGCAUCCUGAGAUUGAGUAACUCCAAGCUGCGUCUUGUAAAAAGAGAACAUUUGACUUGAAGGAAGAGAACAAGACUCUGGGAUCGAUAUUUUGAAUCAUUUACAGGAGUUAAUUGAAUUUAUCGGCUUUGAUCAUGAGAUUUGUUCAAUUCAAGACUAGAGCUUCGCCCAAGAGAGUCAACUUUGGCGUUCAAGUGGAAAAUGAGGGUGAAAUUGUUCCAUUGGAGGACUUGGGAGCCAAUAAUUUGAUUGAAUUUCUCGACCUUGAGGAUGGGAUGAUUAAGGCCAAAAGUGUCAUUGACAACAAAUCCAAACCACGCUUAUCGCCCAAUGAGGUAACCCUCCUGGCACCCGUGACCUCUCCAGAUAAGGUCAUAUGUAUUGGAAUGAAUUACAAAGACCAUUGUGAGGAGCAAAAUGCUCCGGUUCCAACUGAACCAGUCGUUUUCAACAAAUUCCCAAGUUGCAUCAUUGGACCUUCGGAUCCAAUUCCAUUCCCAGACCUGACCCAGGAAUUAGAUUGGGAAGUCGAACUGGCAAUUGUUAUCGGCAAAAUCGGACGCAACAUCUCCGAAAGUAACGCCAUGAAUCACGUUCUGGGCUACACCGUGGCCCAUGAUGUGAGUGCUCGCGAUUGGCAGCUCAGGAAAAAUGGAGGUCAAUGGCUACUGGGCAAGGCCAUGGAUGGUUUUUGUCCAUUGGGACCUGCCAUAGUGACCAAGGACGAACUACCCAAUGUCCAUGAAUUGGGGAUCCGUUGCUUGGUGAAUGGGGUCACCAAGCAAGAAUCCACCACCGCCCAGCUGGUAUUUAAAACGGAAGCCAUUGUGGCCUGGGUUUCCCGCUUCUGUACCCUGAGACCAGGCGAUGUCAUUUUGACCGGUACACCCCCCGGGGUGGGCGUUUUCAUGAAGCCACCCCAAUUUCUUCAGCGUGGAGACACGGUUGUCUGCGAAAUCGAUGGAAUUGGCAAGAUUACCAAUCAAAUCCAAUAACCACUCAAAUUCGCGAAAUACAAUGUUUUGUUACUUCUUUCCUUCUAA